AAAUUUAUAAUCAUUUUGGAGCGAAGUUGUCACAUGCCUAUAGUUCUGUUUUUUCUACGUUGGUCCUUUGUUUGCCUCAGGCUGAGCGGCCAUAAUACAAGCUGUACUAAUGGUUAUUUACAUAGCAACAUGCCAUCCAUCCUCUAAGACUUUUGCUAAAAACCUUUUCACCUGCAUCCAAAGAUAUAUUUGCAUACUGUAGUUAGCUUACGUUAUCUAUCACUGUUUUGUAUCCUGCUUCUGAAUAAGGCUAGUUAAUAAGGCUAUCCGCCUCUGUAGCUAUCAGCCUGUCACUUUAUUAAGACAACCUCUAACCUUUUGCUGGCACUGCCUCCAAGAAGUACCUGCUGCUGAACUCGGAUCACAUACACAGUCCUGUGUCUAAGUGAGGCUUUACGUUGUUUCUGUGACCGGUGCUUCGGAUGUCCAAGUUCAAACUCUUUUUGUUGAGGCAUGGUGAGGGAGCCUGGAACAAAGAGAACCGUUUCUGCAGCUGGGUUGACCAGAAGCUGAGUGAAAAUGGGGUGAAGGAGGCUCAGGACUGUGGCAGGCUCCUGAAGGAGCAGGGCUACAAGUUCGACUUAGUAUUCACCUCCAUACUCAGCCGCUCCAUCCAGACAGCAUGGCUGGUGCUGGAGGCUAUGGGUCAAGAGUGGGUCCCCGUGGUCAAGUCAUGGAGACUGAACGAGCGCCACUAUGGUUCCCUGAUUGGCCUGAACCGAGCAGAGAUGGCUGAACUACAUGGAGAGGAAAAGGUGAAGUUGUGGAGAAGGAGCUAUGACAUCACACCACCUCUGAUUGAUGAAUCCCACCCUUACUUUCUGGAAAUCUACAGUGACCGCAGGUACACCACUUGUGACGUGCCAAAGGAAAGCCUCCCCCGAGCCGAGAGCCUGAAGGAAGUGUUGGACAGGCUGCUACCAUACUGGGAUGGCGUCAUUGUUCCGGAGAUAAGGAAAGGCAGGAAUGUGCUCAUUUCUGCUCAUGGAAACAGCUGCAGGGCUCUGCUGAAACACCUGGAAGGUAUAUCGGAUGAGGAUAUUGUCAGCGUGACUUUACCUACAGGGAUACCUGUGCUGCUAGAGCUGGAUGAAAACCUCAAGCCUGUGAAACCGCGACAGCUCCUGGGAGACCAAGCGAAGAUUCAGGCGGCAAUUAAAAAGGUGGAGGACCAGGGAAAAGCCAAACCAUCAACUUGAAUGCACUAAACUGGCUGUAAGCCUUAACCAUAGUUCUGUUCUUGAUGCUUAUGUGCACUUUAAUGAGGUACAGUGAAAACUCAAGUUACUCAGACAUAAGACAAGAAGAUAUUGUUGUUAAUACGAUUUAAUAGAUUGGUGCUGAUCUUAAAGUGAAGUUGCUGUAUGAUAGCGGACUGACUUGGGUACAAAAUUAAUGUGUCUCAUGCCAGACUGGUCUGAUAGGAGCUGAAGGAACGUCAGAGAUGUUUUGUAAAUGUUCAGCACUGUGCUGAGUUGUGUAAUCUGUAAGCACUGAGGAAGUGUUUGGUUUGUUUGUCAUUUUUAAGCUACUUGUCCCUACUUCUGCCUGUAUGGUGACCCUAAAGUGGUUAUUUAUUUUAUUUACUCAUUGACUCUUCCUUUCAGAUUAAUAGUAAUGUGGUGAGACUGGAAAAUCUUGAAGUAUGUCAGAUUCUGAAAGAAGAAAAACUUCUUCAUCAAAGAUGCUUUUCUGUUACAUUGAUAAAUUAUUCCCUUUAGGGCUACAAUUAACAACAAUUAUCAUUUCAUUUAAAAAAAAAAGUGUGAGAAAAGCUCAUCAUAGUUUCCCAGAGUCCAAAGUGACAUCUUUAGAUUACAGCAAAUGUAAUCAGCUAAUCGGUUGAUUGAUUCGUUGUUGCAGCUCUAAUCCCAUUGCAUUUAAACUUGUGCCUUCAAUAAUAACAUUGUUCUCAAUUCCUCCCAGUUUUUCAGGAGUUGUUUUAAGUAGAGUUUUAGACAGAUCCUGCGGUGAAGAUGAAUAAAAGCACUCUGUUAACAAAUCUUACCUCACAGAAAUCAUUAGCCAGGCUGUUCAUUCCAAGAAUGGGGAUAUUUGGGAGCAGCAGAAAUGCUGUAAAUAUGCAGAACCACUGAAAUCCUCAACUGUCCCACACUAAUGAGUUACUAUUCUAGUCUUAAAGAGCUGAAGUUGUUUUUCUUUGAGGUUUAUACAGUACAUUAACUCUAACACAGAAUAGAUUGAGUUUAAUCACUGUGGCCAACCACCGUGGAUAUUUGGUAUGAUAAGUGGGUUUUGCUUUGCACGUUUUGGGGGAUAUUUUGCAUAUUUUUUUCAUUUAUCCCUUUCUUAAUUAAAUACAAUAACUGUGAAUGGUAGAUGUUGUUACUUUUGGAUAGACAUGAACAAGUUCCUUUGUGAAAUACGAGUAGUAUUAUGAUUUUCAUUUUCAAUUCUAAAUUAUUAUCAUACAUGUGCAAUUUGCUGUUGCUUGUGUAAUGUUAAUAACAUGAGUGAAAAUGUUACAGGUGUCGCUCUCUCUCUUAUGUUACAACUUAAGUAACUACUGUGUGCGGUACAGGCUGCUUCAUUGUACUGUAUGUUGUGUCUCUUGUUUCACAUAUUGCACUGUGUAUUAUUUCUGUCUCCUGUUGUCCCAGUUUACUUGUUGUGUUUCUCUGCCGCUGCUUUGUUUUGUACACUGGUUUGUUUGGUCAUCAGUGAAAAAAAAAACAAAACAAAUAAGUUGAUGAUAUGCAUUUGAAGAUACAAAAGAGCAGAAAAUGCUGAUAUGUUUUGCCAGUUCACAUUCGAUGAUUUAAUGUCUUCCCUGCUGUUCACACCUUACAUGAAAGUUUGCAUGACGAAAUAAAGGGAAUUUUAGUUUUUAAACCUU